GAAUAUCAAUUACAGAAUGUAUCUGGCACACAUUCCAGUCAGUGCGCCUUUGUGGGCGCAGUAUAUUGCCAUGUAUCCCACUAGGAUUUGACUUCAGAGAAAGUACGUGACAGCACAACAGCGCGCGCAGUCGGAACUCGAGUGCGCUCCCGAGAAAAGAAGCGCGCGCUCUUCACCAACGGUUUCGUGACCAGACCCGUUCUGUUGUGCCGCUUUCCUAGCAAACACACUGAAACUAAGAUCACAGAUAUACAGUCUCGUUGACAUUAAACAGGAGGCGCAAAAUGGAGUUUACAAACAUUACCGCCAGCGAUUUCCCUUUGAUUGUGACCAACACAAGCUUCAUGGAGGAACCAGCGGGUCUUCUAUCCAACCUCAGCCAAGGCACUGAGCAGAUGCCGGGUAGAGGCAGCGCUGCGCUCGCAAUCGCUGUCAGCAUCACCGCGCUUUACUCUGUCAUCUGCGUUCUGGGGCUGUUCGGAAACGUGCUGGUUAUGUACGGUGUGGUCCGGUACACAAAGAUGAAGACAGCCACCAACAUUUACAUCUUUAAUCUUGCUUUAGCUGACGCUUUGGCCACCAGCACGCUACCCUUCCAGAGUGCCAAAUAUUUAAUGAGUACUUGGCCAUUUGGGGAGCUCUUGUGUAAGGUGGUUAUCGCUAUCGACUACUACAAUAUGUUUACCAGUAUUUUCACGCUGACGAUGAUGAGCGUGGACCGUUAUAUCGCCGUGUGCCAUCCAGUGAAAGCUCUGGAUUUUCGUACGCCAGUCAAGGCAAAGAUCAUCAACAUUUGCGUGUGGAUUCUGUCCUCAGCUAUUGGCAUCCCAGUAAUGGUCAUGGCUGGCACUAAAAAGACUGACACAGGAAAAACCUUUUGCAUGCUGAAAUUCCCAGACCCAGAUUGGUAUUGGGACACCGUGACCAAGAUCUGCGUCUUCAUUUUCGCCUUUGUGAUUCCCGUCUUGGUCAUCACCGUCUGCUACGGGCUGAUGAUCAUUCGUCUAAAGAGCGUGCGUUUGCUCUCGGGCUCUAAAGAGAAAGACAGGAACCUUCGCCGCAUCACCCGCAUGGUAUUGGUGGUGGUGGCAGCCUUCAUCGUUUGCUGGACCCCCAUUCACCUCUUCAUCAUCGUCAAGACUGUGGUGGAGAUUAACCAGAAGAAUCUGUUUGUGCUUGCCUGCUGGCAUCUUUGCAUCGCUCUGGGCUACAUGAACAGCAGCCUCAACCCCAUCCUGUACGCCUUCUUAGAUGAAAACUUCAAAAGGUGCUUCCGGGAUUUCUGCCUCCCCUUUCGUUCACGCAUGGAACAGAGCAGCUUUUCCAGAGCACGCAGCGUCACAAGAGAGCCCAUCUCCGUGUGCGCCAGGACAGAGUCAAUGAAGCGGCCCACCUGACUAGGCCUGGACCAAAUGCCUUCGAGUAUACAAGAAAGGACACAGACUGAGGUCACUCAGAUUUCCACCACUGAGUUCUAAGCUCUGCCGGAAACCACCAGAGGUUGAUACAACUCGACAGCAAGCGUACAUCGAAGGCAAUUGGUCUUUUUUGGAUCGUUGUUAUUCUUUUAAAUCUCUAUUUAACCAAAUGGAAAAAUCAGUGGAUGGCUCCAAAAUGAUUUCCUAUUUGAGGAAAUGAGAUACGUUUGGGCCAUUAAGAUUGUAAACAUUCAUUGGAUGGACAUCAAAGAUGCGGCUUUACGUGGUCAACAGGAAGUCUGCAUUCAUUAGUGGUUUAAGCCAUCAAAGUGGAUUCUCAUAAUCAGAUUUUUAAGUGGAAAGUGAAUUCCAUUUUCAUUGGAAAUAUGGAAACAUGUAACAUGAUUGUAUUUGGGCUUAUAAGACUGACUGCACAAAUUGAGUUUUCUAAACAUUAAAAUAAUCUGCAAGAUGGAUAUUUUCAUUUCAAGAGACAAGCAUGCCAUUUCACAGAACAUUCAGCAAAAUGCACAGAGGUUUUUCUUUCUGUAACAACAGGAUUUCAUUAAACCCAAGGAGAAAUGCAUGGCUGUGAAACGCAAAGCGUAUGGACCAAUUUGCAUUCAGAAUUCAAAUGAAUUUAUGUGCAUAUGGCUAUUAUUGGGAUUACAGGGUUAAACCCCUUAGGACGGCUGGUAAAACUGUUACAAGAAUUGUAACAUAAUUAUGAUAUGUCAUUUUAGUGGUGAUGGAUUUUUAAGACCAGAGUAAAUACACAUUGUGGUUUCUGUGGAAAAGCAGUGUGGUUUCUGAAAAUGGUUAGACAUUUUAACACCGGGAGGUUUGUACAUACAGUGUUACUUGGUUUUCACUCAAUUAUUAUACGUGUUUUGUCUAAUAGUUCUAGCCUUUCGUUGACAUUAUCCGUAAAUGGAACCAAUCUAUUGGCUUUUUUAAAUCUCAUAAUUAAAG